AUGGCAAUCAAGAUGAAUUUGUUCGUCGUCUUUCUGAUGAUGUGGUGUGCAUAUUAUUUCACAGAGGUUUAUUCCUUAGUGGAAUUUUCAAACGUGCAGUGCGAAUCUCUGGAUAAGGACAUUGCGGUGUUUGAAAAUUGUUUUCUGAAAUCCGUAAACCGAUCUUACAAAUAUGUUUCCAUUAAAGUUAAAAUCCUAUAUCCCAUAACCAAAGUUAAGGUGCGUUUUGGUGUCUAUAAACGUUUAAAUGGCUAUAGGCCAUUUCUCUACAAUAUGACUUUCGACGCGUGCCGAUUUCUAAAAUCGUCGAAACCCCAUCCGGUUGUCCUUUAUUUUUACAAUUUUAUUAAAGAUUAUUCCAACGUGAACCACACGUGUCCCUUUAACCAUGAUAUUGUGAUGGAGUUGCCGUAUCAUAGUAUAAAUAAUAAGGUCACCAAAAUACUGCCGGUUCCGGAGGGAAAUUAUAUGAUUGAAGCGCAUUGGAUAGCCUACGACAUUGAUCGAGCUAUAACUAAGUUCUAUCUUAAUAUAAAGGAAGAUUUUAAUUAA